UCUGUGGUAAUGUCUCUCCUAUUUUACAGCCCCACAGCCUGUUUUCAGCUCUAGCUAAAAACCUGAACUCAGGUGAGGUAAUAUUGACAUGGGAGGUAGAAAAAUGAAUGACAGUGAAGAAUUGGAGGCAUUGUCAAGGCACUCAAGAAGGCUAGAUUUUUUUUUAAUGCAUCUGAAUAAAAGACAUGUAUUUAACUGUAACGACUACAGGACUGACAAUACAGUAUCCUGUGACUUUUUUUGCCUAGUGUCAUAGAUGGUAGGGGCUGGAAGAGACCUUACAGAUCAUCAGGUCCAGACCCCCUGCACUUGGGCAGGAAAAGCCGCGGGGGUCAGAUGACACCAGCAAGAUGGGCGUCAAGACGCUUUGCUGGGAAUUUUUCUCCAAUUCUGGAUAGACGUGAAUCUUUAUACUGGGAUCUGAUAGCCCUUGGAGUUUUAAACUUUAUAUAUACUCUAGCAAAUUAAUGCACAUUCAAGGAGUUGUAUUUGUUUUUUUGCUUGGUCUUAAACCAAAUAAUAUAGUGUUAGCCCCUGUCAUAUUAAUAAAGCUUCUAGUUUCUCUUUAACUGGAGAAAAAUGUGUUGUUGGGUUAGAUGUGAUGAUGCACCUCACCAUCUGCACUCCCCUUUUUAAAAUUUUAGAUCCACCCAUGUGGGUGAUAUUCUUGGUUCUGCCAGUUUCCCUGGUAAAAAAUGUUGCUUCACCCAUCUCUGCUUCAGUUUUCUUUAUAACCCUUUGUCUUAUUUAGUUUUAAUACAAACUCUCUGCAGUAGGGAGUGUUUCUUGCUCUUUGUACAGCCCCUGGCAUCACAAAGUCCUGAUCUCAGGUGAGGCUUUUAAGUCAUAAUAGAAUUGUUUCUGAAUAGCAUUGGCUUUCUGUGGAAUGAUAAACCAGUGUAGGGCCUUACAGUUUGGUUUCAUUGUGAAAAAGAAAUCAGUGAUGCAGAUUCAGGGAUUUUUUUGGUUUAUGCUCUGUACUGGAGCUAGUCUAACAUGUCAACAGUUUUUGGGAAUGUUUUGAAAAAUGUUUAUGGUUUUUUUUCCUUUUUCACUGAAAUUUCCUGCGAAUAGUUUGGUCUUUUUAGUAGAAAAAAGAAAAAGCAAACUUAUUUUAAAAAAUGUUUUCAAUGAAAUGUGUCUGACACUUGGAGAUCUCUACCUUUUUCUUUUUGAAAAAGAGCAAUGUCCCACUAAAGUUUCUUUCAACAAAUGCUUUCCAACAGGUGUCUGUGUAUGACCAUCCCUGUACAAAGAUGACUGAAUGCCAUGCAAGCUAAUCCACUGCUUCAGGAAUCUGAACAAGAAAAUCAAAACCCACUUCCCUGAAGACAACUCUGGCAUAAACAUUGACGCUAGGAAGAGGUCCUGGCUAAGCAGAGCAUUGGACGACUAACUUGUUCAUCCAGACAGUGAGAGGAUCCCCUGUGCUAUCUCCAUCAGCACUUCAGCAGCUGCGUAUACAGCACCCUAUCCAGCCGGUGCUAGAGCACUGCAGAGGGACCCCUUUAUCAGGAGGUCACACCAUUUCCUGCUGGAAAAGGAGGCUUCCGCUCACUGGAGUUCAUUCCUAAUACAAGCCCCGACGCCUUCUCUCCCAGCCUGCCUUCUCACUCCGAGCUGUUCAGUCAGUUUGCUUUGCUUGCAAAGGUGCGUACGGAGAAGACAGACACCAUGAACCUCUUGUGCCCUGGUGGGUUCUGUGGCAUAACCCCCAGAACAGGCACCUCUCUAGCUGCCAUCUACAUGAUCCUAAUGACAAACAUGUACCUGAUCUUUGAGACUGGCCACCUAGCGCGAGCUAGAAGUGAAAUGGAAAAAAGUGUGGUCGUAGUAGGCCGGGCGCUGAUGAUUCCAUAUUUCUACUACAUAGCUAUUGCCCUGGCCAUCAUAACUUAUCCAGUGUGCAUCCUCCUUAUCUACUCAGUUACCAAGCGGCUUCACAGAGGGAUGUUCAUCUACGUGGGCUGGAUCAUCUUUUAUGACCUGGUCAACUGCAUUCUUGUGCCUCUCACACACAAGACCGUGAAGGAGCUUCUGUUCUCUGUAAGCCAUUUGGAGUGGUUUGGGCUGGCAAUGAGACUCCUCAUGGAUUGCUUCUGGCUCUCCUUUGUUGUCACGUAUGCCCUGAUCAUUAUGGACAGCAAGAUGCAGCGCCGGAUGUCGUUUAGGGGCCGACGUGUCUCUAGAAGUGUGGCAGAACCACCCAGGUUUAGGUUGAGCAAUGAGAUCCGGAAGCAUCCAUAAACUGGAGUCUGAGAUUAGGUUCCAUCGGCAAGAGCCUGGAGACAUCAGGCCAUUUUGGAGGUUUUUUCCCCCAUUGUUCAAUGUGAUGUAUGUCUUGUUCUGGCUUCCAAUUUGAGUCCCAAAAUAA